AUGGCAACGGUCCGAGAGCUGUACUGGGUCCUGCGCCUCAGAAGAUUGACCAAACGAAUCGUGAAGAGUUUCCACAGCUCUCUGCGGUUUCAAGCCCAAGCCUUUUUAUCCCCACCCCAAGGAGACCUCCCAAGGGAUCACACGGAAGGUCAAACACCCUUUCAAGUCGUCGGCGUCAACUACGCGGGACCAUUGAAGUACCAUAAGAACGCGAAGACAGAGGGAAAGGCGUAUGUGUUGCUGUACGCCUGUAGCCUGACACGAGCUUUAUUCUUGGAUUUGCUGCCCAACUUGGAAACUAAAGAAUUCCUCGCGAGUUUCAAGCACUUCAUCGCCCGACGAGGGAGACCACAAAAGGGGUAUUCUGACAAUGGAAGAACUUUUGUUGGUGCCGCCCAAUGGAUUAAGCAAGUGAUGCAAGAUGAAAGGUUCCAGAAUUUCGUCGCUUACCAAGGGAUCAAGUGGCAGUUCAAUUUGAGUCAUGCACCGUGGUGGGGAGGGCAAUUCGAGAGAAUGGUGGGACUCGUAAAAGGAGCUUUUUACAAAUGCAUUGGAAACAGUCUCCUGUCCUGGAUUGAACUUGAAGAGGUACUGCUAGACAUAGAAGUGGCACUAAACAACAGACCACUGAGUUACCCGGAUGACGAUAUUCAGCUACCUAUCCUGACCCCGAGUUCUUUCCUGUAUGGUCAACCAAACAUGCUGCCAGAGUUAGAACCUCAUUGCGUUCAGGAACAUGACUUGCAGAAGAGAGCCAAGUAUUUGAGGAAGUGCAAGGAUACACCAUGGUCACGCUGGACAAGAGAGUACCUCCAUGGACUGAGAGAGAGACACCGGCUGAAGCACAAAGGAGACGUGACCUAUCCAUCCAGGGGAGAAGUUGUUAUCAUCAAAUCAGAGGAGAAGAACCGAGCACAGUGGAAGUUGGGAGUCGUUGAAGACCUAAUCACCGGCCGUGAUGGUGUGAUUCGUGGGGCGAAGCUAAAAUCAGGAAAGGUGCAUCUGGAGCACCCAAUUCAGCACUUGUAUCCGCUGGAGUUGAGCUGUGACAAGUCAGUACAGACCCCACCGGCGACCCUGAAUGCAGACACGCCAGUCUACAGGCCCCGAAGGGAUGCUGCUGCAGCAGCUAGAUUAUGUAUUUAG